AUGCCAAUAUGCAUAGAGUGCUGUUACCCUGUUUCCCACCUUUACACCUCAUACAGCAAGGCCGAUGAUCGUGCUUUGGGCAAGGGAGUCCGUCUAACGCAAUGUGCACGAUGUCAACGAUUUGCGGAUAAAUACGUCGAACAUGACUUUGUUGUGCUUUUCAUUGAUUUAGUUUUAAUCAAGCCGCAGCGCUCUAUUAUCCGUCUCGGGAUCCUGAUCCUCCUUUUCGACGUCUACCUCUCCUGGGCGCGCAUCGAGAAGUCCUCUGCAAUCGCCUCCUCACGGCUCGGAAACACCCCAAUAAUAGUACAAUAUGUAUUUUUCCUCACACUGAACGCCCUCGCGACCCUCGCGCACCACGUCACGGUUCGAUUCCUGGCCACGAUUCUUGUUCUGAAACCUGCGACACAGUCUCAGAAGGCCCAUGAAGCUCCACAGCGUGCGAAUACUCUCCCGUCCUCGCCAUCUGACGCUUACGCAACCGGAAGCGCCAUACCAGCGCAGUUUUCAGCAAAUCCCAACUCAACAGGUGGAUCAAGCACUGCUGACCUGGCUCGAUCGUCGUCUGGUAGUGAUACUGUUGGUGAUGGGGCUCAGAGUGCUACACCGUUACCUACGCUCUCCGUUGAAACCGACUUCCCUCCGCUUCUCAGACGAUCGUCCACUGCACCCCCACAGAUACGCCCAAUCCCUCCUCCGGCGCUCGCUAGUCGAAAUGCAAUAAGCACAGCUCUCCUGGUUAGCAGCUGUACCAAGCUUUUCCCGAUACUGCUUGUGAUAUGGGGUACGGAUGCGUCUGGGGAAGCUUCAGGUGCAUUGGAAACGUCAUUCCCACCCACUGGCAGCGGUGAAGGGGAAGCUGCCUUGAAUUCUUCCAUAUGGUCGUCGCAAUCUCUCCAGUCAGUUGUCCAGACCGUGGUCAUCACUUCUUUUGUCCGUGACAAAUACCCACCUGGUGCUAUUAAAUAA